CUCGUGUAUUAAGCAAACAAACAGAGGACCGAUUAUCACCCGUCUCUACAUACUUCGCGGGUUUUUCAUAUUCGGGUCUCCCGAAACUUCGGUCAUUGUGGUCCCUGAGAGAGUGUGACUAUUGGAUCCCAGUGGCGAAUUUUCUUUUUGAGAGACGCUCAUCGCCACAGCAUUCGAGACCCCAACCUCAUUCAGAUCAACAUGGGUAACGCGACCUCAGCGACCUCAGAUUCGACCGAACCAACCACUCUCGACUCGCUUCGUCUCGGACCACCCCCUGCCGACUGGGACCUUUCGCAGGACUCGAGACACCAUGGCCGUAUUUCAGAACCGAUUCUGGAAGCAGUUGAACCCGUUGGCCCUCAGUAUCUGGCUCAUGCGCGUCGCAAACUCCUCAACCGCACCUUCUCCGAAGAUGAGGAGCACCUGGAAAGGACAAAGGCUGAGGCAGAUGCAGCUGCGGUUGCAGCCCAAUUGGCCGACGAUGCCGAGAAUGCGGACUAUGAGAUUGAACCGGACCACAAGGAUGAUUUGAAACGCGAUGCGAAGGAUUGGAAAAAGCAGGAUCACUAUCGCGUGUUGGGAUUGGGCAGCGUACGUUGGAGAGCUACGCAGGGGUUGAUCAAAAAAGCUCAUCGUACCAAGGUCCUUGUUCACCACCCAGACAAGAAAUCAGGCGCUUCAGGUGGAAACGCUACACAUGAUGACGGGUUCUUCAAAUGUCUUCAGAAGGCUUACGAGAUCCUCUCUGACCCUGUCAAGCGCCGCCAAUAUGACUCGGUCGAUCCGAUCCCUGAAGAGUCCUACUCGCCUUUCAAAGACGGAGCUGACCUGCCAUUCAUCGAAGCAUGGCGGCCCGUUUUCGAGCGCGAGGCACGAUUUUCGGUCAAGGACAAAAAGGAUAUCCCAAAUAUCGGCACCAUGGAAUCGACUAAAAAGGAAGUCGAGGCCUUUUAUGGAUUCUGGUACGGGUUCGAGAGCUGGAGAACUUUUGAGUACCUCGAUAAGGAGGAAGGCGAUGGCCCUGAAAAUCGAGACGACAAACGGUAUCUGGAGAAAAAGAACAAGGCAGAGCGGGCCAAACUCAAGAAGGAGGAUGCAGCUCGACUUCGCAAACUUGUUGAUAAUGCUAUUGCGCUCGAUCCUCGCAUGGCCGCAUUUAAAGAACAAGAAAGGGUUGCCAAAGAAGCGAAAAAGAAGGAGCGUCAGGGACAGGCUUUACAGGCAAAGAUGGAUGCCGAACGCGACGCUGCUUUGGCCAGGGAGCUGCAAGAAGAGAAGGAAGGUGAGGAGCGGGCCAAAAAAGAGGAGGAGCGGAAGGAGAAGGAGGUCAAGAAGAAGGCCAUCCGGAAGGAGAAAAAGAACGUAAAGACAUUAAUCAAGGAUGCAAACUAUGGUUAUCCCACAGGGACCAGCGCCACGUCUGCGACAUUGGAAAUAUAUCUAUCGGAGCUGGAGACCAUGCUAGACAAGCUGAGUCUAGAAGACUUGGAAAGGAUCGGGGCCGAACUGAGCGUGCCACGGAAAUCCAAUGUAGACAAGCAGAAAAUUUUGUCCGCAGAGGCACAAAAGUUGGUGCACGAUGGACUGUCAGAACCCGGAAGUUUGACGCAGUUUGGAGUCGAUGCCGUUGAGCGCCCAGCAAACAAGGCAACAGAGAUUAAAAAACCAGCGUCUGGACCACCGUCCGCAUCGUCGUCACCAAAUGUCCCGAAUAAGGAAUGGUCCGUUGAGGAAAUCGCCCUUCUGAUCAAGGCGGCCAAUAAGUUCCCUGGAGGUGUCAGCAAUCGUUGGGAAACGAUUGCCGCUUACGUAGCUUUGCAUACAGGUCUACCGCAGCGUGACCCGGAUGAUGUGAUCAAGAAGUCAAAAGCAGUUCAGAAGGGGUCCUCGCAAGAGGCUGCCGUCCGGCAGCUCCAGUUCCAGAAGAAAACUUACGACAUCGCAGAUGCACCUUCGAUUCGGUAUGAUAUCGAAGGUGGCGUACCACCGGUCGCAACGGCGGACAUGCCAGUCGCUUCUGCUGUUGCUGCUGCAGCUGAGGUGGCAGCAGGAAAGAAGAAAACCAAGCCGACUGCUGUAACAUCAAACACCAAGUCAGGACCGACGAAGGCAAACAAGCAUGCUGCCCAGGCAGAGGCAUCGCCCUCGGUUCCCGCGGCAACAAACCCGUCAGAGGCACCGCCAGGCGGAGCGAAGACAGCUGCGCUUGCGGCUGCCACUUCUCCAACAGCAGCUUCCCCUAGCGUAGCGGCCGCGCUGUGGAGCGCAGCAGAGCAAAAGCUACUGGAAACGGGCAUGAAAAUGUACCCGCCCUCAUGGCAAGGAGAGGGUGAUCGCUGGGACAAGAUUGCCGAGGUUGUACCCGGUCGGACCAAGAAAGAAUGCAAACUUCGUGUCAAAUAUCUACAGGAGCAAGUUAAGGCGCAAAAGGCUGCUGCUGCUGCUGCUGCAGGAAAAUAA